GGGUAGUCCAGGAGCAACUGCCAGCUGUAAGACAUACCGACUGGACCAGUAUAAGUAUUGCCUUUUAUGAAGAAGAGAUUACUAAUGGGAUCAUCAGCUUAUUCACCUUUGGACUGCUUCAUCCAAGCAAACCCACACAGGAAGACUGAAAUCAAGAGGAGGAACCAUCAAAGUCUACACAGCACUGAAGAUGAGCCAGAAGUGCCUCGGUUGUGCUGGCUUACUGUAAAAAUUAUAGGCAUGAGAAACCUCCGCAAAGCAGAUGUGUUGAGCCAGACUGACUGCUAUGUCAAGCUGUGGCUGCCAACAGCUUCAUGCCAGGAAGCCCGGACAAGAACUAUAUGCAACAGCAGAAACCCUGUCUGGAAUGAAACUUUCUUCUUCAUGAUACAGAGUGAAGUAAAGAACAUCCUGGAGCUGUCAGUCUGUGAUGAGGAUGCUUUAACACCCGAUGACCAGCUUUUGACUGUUCGUUUCGAUGUAGCUAAAGUCCAACCUGGAGAAAAAGUCCACCUGAAUUUUGAGUUGGAUCCAGAGAGUCAGGAAGAACUGGAAGUGGAAUUUCUACUGCAUAACAUUCCAGGUGUAUCUGAAAACAUCAUCACUAAUGGCGUACUAGUGUCUCGUGAAGUUUCCUGCUUGGGAGUACAUGUGAAUGAAAUGAAAAUUAAAAGCCCUUACACAAGGAGAGAUUUCACUUUUACGAUGAAAGGAUCCUAUGAAGAAACCCAGGAUGUUUCCAUUGGUCCUCGCUGCAGAUGGGGAACCAGUGAGACCACCAUGUUCCACUACAUGAAGCACAGCCAACCCAGGCUGCACAUGAAGCUGCCAAAGGAGCAUUAUUUCUGUGGUUGUGGCUCAGCUGGGAAGGAAAUUGGUGCAAAUCAUUCCCUCGCUGUGCCUCUCCAUUCUCUGGACUUGGGAAAGAAAGUGACAGUGAUGAAAAAUGAAUCUUACGAGGUGUCUGUGAAGGAAGAAGAGAGUUGCAAGAAUUUGGAUUUGCGGUUGGGGUUUGAUCUAUGUGCAGAGGAGCAGGAUUUCAUCUGUAAAAGAAAGAAGGUGGUCGCUGCUGCUCUGAAAAACGUUCUUCAUCUAGAUGAAGACCUGCAGGAAGAUGAGGUGCCGGUGGUUGCAGUCAUGACCACAGCAGGGGGAGUGCGGUCCAUGACGGCUAUGUUUGGCAGUCUUCUGGCUCUCCAGGACUUAGGUGUUUUGGACUGUGUCUCAUACAUCAGUGGUUUAUCUGCCACCACGUGGACCAUGGCAAAGUUGUAUGAAGAUGCAAAUUGGUCACAGAAGGAUAUCAGAGGGCCAAUUGGUGAUAUCAAGGAACAUGUGAUCAAGAGCAAGAUGCACUGUUUCUCACUGGAUCAUAUGAAAUACUAUGAACAGGAGCUUUGUGAAAGAAAGCAAGAGGGUCACAAACUAUCCUUUACAGAUUUAUGGGGACUCUUCAUUGAUUGUAUGCUACAUCAUCAGGGAAGUACUCAGAAACUCUCUGAUCAGCAGCUGGCAGUAAAUCAGGGACAGAAUCCACUGCCCAUAUACCUGUCCCUCAAUGUCAAGGAUGACUAUAGCACUUUGGAUUUUAAAGAGUGGGUGGAGUUCACACCUUACGAGGUGGGUUUCCUAAAAUAUGGGGCCUUUGUUCGUUCAGAGGAUUUUGGCAGCGAGUUCUAUAUGGGUCACCUGAUGAAGAAGAUCCCCGAGUCCCGCAUCUGCUUCUUGGAAGGCACAUGGAGCAAUAUAUAUUCCCACAAUUUUAUGGAUGCCAUCUACCUCUCAGGUCAUUCAGAGGACUUCUGGCAUAGAUGGACCAGAGAUACUGAGUAUGACAUUGAGGAAGACCCUUCUCUGCCCAAGAAGCCUCAUGAACAGGCAACGUGCUUAUCUGUUCCCAAAGGUUACCUUUCCAGUACACUUCGAGAAAUGAUGACUGGUCGGCCAGUGGUUUCCACUUACCGUAAUUUCCUCAAGGGCUUGCAGCUACAUAACAAGUAUUUAGAGAAUGAGAGAUUUUGCAUGUGGAAAGACACAGUGCUGGAUUCUUCUCCCAACCAGCUGAACGAAAGGGAUGACUACCUCAAGCUGGUAGAUACAGCUUUCUUCAUCAACACCAGCUGCCCACCCAUUCUGAGGCCAGAGAGGAAAGUGGAUGUCAUUUUGCACUUAAAUUACAGCGGAGGAUCACAGACUCUGCCACUGGACCUAUUCUCAGAGUACUGUUUAGAGCAUGGGAUCCCAUUCCCCAGCACAGAGCUCAGCCAGGAAGACCGGGAACACCUGAAGGAGUGCUAUGUGUUUGAGGACAGCUUAGAGGCACCACUCUUGGUCUAUUUCCCACUGGUGUGUGAUACAUUCCAAAAAUACAAGGCACCGAAUGUGGAGCGCACUCCCUCAGAGAUGGAGGAAGGAAAAGUAGAUGUGUCCAACUGUAUUGCUCCCUAUGGCACUGGUCUGCUGACAUACAGUGAAGAGAAUUUCAACAAGUUGCUGAACCUGUGCAGCUACAAUAUCCUGAAUAAUAAACAUUUAAUUCUUCAGGCUUUGCGAACUGCAGUGGAACGAAAGAAGUGUUUAAAAACCUGUUCAUCUCCUCAGUCAUCUAAACUCUCUUAAAGUAGAUUUUGACCAAUUUCAUCAGAAAGAGAUAUAUACAAAUAUUUUGGUAGAAAGAGAUAGACACAAAUAUUUUGGUAACAGACUAAUAAAAUAUUCAGGAGAUAUAAAUCCAUGCAGAAUGACCAUCCAUGUUCACUUGCUAAAAGGAAUUAUUAUGUAUUUUACUUAGUACUGUGUGUGUAAAGGACUGAUGUUGGUUCUGCCAAGUCAUUGGUAAGUCAUGAUUACUUUAAAAAAAUUCUUGACUGUUUUAGGGAAUGGACAGGCAGUUGUAGAGCUAUAGGGUCCUAUUUGGAUACACAGCCAUAUAAGAAUGAGGUUUCAACCUCACAACAAUUUGUACCGGAUUUGGAUGCAAAUCUUGGAGGUAUGUGGCCUAUGAACCAGAGCACAAAGCAAAGAUCAAGCAAAGCCUUGCCUUGUGCACGGAUCCCUGCAUGUGACACUAAGGAGUAAACCUGAUUCCAGGAAAGGAAGGCUGAGAACUGACGAAUGGAACUGCACAUGAUGUUUUCUGCUUUCUCAGUAUCCAUCUGUUAGGCAGAAGCCUAACCUUCAGUGGAUUUACCUGCUUGGCUGUCAUUGCAACGACUCUAUGUUUCUGAGGGACUGCUCUGGAGUGAUCAUGCAACAGCCUGAUUUUUCUGCCAACUGCCCGACAAGAAUCAUCUGACUGCAUCCAUUGCUGCUGAACUUCUCUCUAUUGCUUACCAAGUAGAUUUUGAAGCUGAGGGUAGCAGUUAAGGUCAAAACCUACACCCAGUGGGUUUGAUGAAAACAGUUUUAACAGACUGCGGCCAUAAAUGUGUCUUCCUUUUAAAUCUGCUGCUGGCUCACAGGUGUUUUUGAUUGCUUGUGAUACUCCUUUGACUUCUGCAAUCUUAUGGUGGUCAGUGUUAUUCCUACUACUAUUUAAAAGAGAGAGGAAAGUGUUCAUGAGAUGUUUCAUACUUAUUUUAGAUAAAUGCUUAUUUAAGACAAUAUAUUUAACUGUCAUUCUUAAAUCUUAUUUUAUCUUGUAUAUAUCAAUAUACAUAGUGUGUAAUACUAAAUACUAAGUACCCACGUGUAAUCUUAUUAAAAAUAAGAAUCUUCUAGAUGCAA